UCGCGUAGCAAUGACGCAAUAGGCGUGAGCCGGCGGAUUCUCGAACAUGGCGGAGGGUUUGACUAUCAGUACAGUAAUUGAGGCGCUAAAAGUUUUGACAACGCCAAGAGGUGACAGCUGGAGAGAUUCUGGUCAAGCCUCUCCUGAAACAGAUAAACAGUGUACCCUGUUGAACACAUUAAAGCUGAAUGUAUCCACCUUAGAGGAUAAGAUUUUGAAUGGGCCAGAAUGGAAGGAAUUAAAUAAAAUGAGGAUGAGGUUGCUGGCACAGACCAAGUGGUUAGAAGGAUGCUUCAGUAGUCAUACAGAGCCACACUGGAGGUUCACCUUAGAAGCUUUGCUCUUGCUUUUGUGUUUAAAGGAAUGUAUGAUUGAGUUGGUUGCUUCUUUCCAGCCUUCUAAACCAAACCCAAGGACUCCUGAAGUAGCUCCGGCUCUAAGCCCAGACACACUGAGCAUCUCACAGCAAAAGAUUGUCCAGGCUGUGUUGCAGUUUGUGAUAUCUCUGGGUAUCUGCCCAUAUCUUCUGCCUGGUGUUGGCCUACCUAUUCAGCAACGUUCAGAAUUUGGUGCUCUUGUCAGAUCUCUCAUCACCUGUGAAACCCCAACUAUUCGUACACGCAGGCUCUUUAUUUCCUGUUCAGCCCUUAUGGAGGUGUCCCAUCAGUUAUCAUUGGGGAGCCUAUUGCUCACGCAUUAUCUGGGAGACUUAAUGGCUGGACUAUGCCAGCUUGGAUUCUGUCCUUCCCGAAAAAAUGCUGAGCAGAACACUAUAGAGAAGCUAAAGGAUCUGACAGAGUCUGAAAGGAACCAGUGUAAAGAGUUUCUCAAAAGUCUCCUUGAUCAGGUGUACCAGCCACUGGUUAUCAGAGAGCUGCUGAUCUUACAAGGAGGCCCAAGACAGGGGAUAAAGUCUUGUAGUGGCAAAGCAACUAAGCGAGCUCCUGCCCCAUCUUGGCUACGGCGUCUUUCUGGGCAUCUGCUAUCUGAGCGCUUAAUGAAGCCACAUGGUGUACAGGCAGUUGUCAGAGGGAUCCUGGAAGGAGCUGGAGCUGGUGCAGUUGGAGGCCAUGAUGCAGAAGCUGCCUCCAGCAACUGGGAGAAAUGUGAUGCAAUUGCAAGAAUACUAGUUUCCUGCCCCCAGCAAUCCCUCACUGUAGAGGAGUAUUACCAAAAGGUCUGCCCACAGAUUUUGGAUCUGCUGCAUAUCCAGGACCCUUUUACAGCACGCCAAUUUCAAAGAGUUGCCACAGAAGCUUUUCUGGCAAUUGGGCAGGCAGAGCCACAGCUGGCAGAAAAACACCUAAUUCUGCCUGUGCUGGAACCGCUACUGCGCUGGACCCUUGCACCACAAGAAUCCGUUUCUGCUCCAGGACAUACUCUGGUGACAGAAAAUGAGCUUUCUCAAUGCUUGGAAGAUAUCAUGAAAGUCUUUGUGGUAGGAAACAAACCCACUCCAACUCUGCUGCACUAUACUAAUAAAGUUCUCCCUGCUGUCUUUUGCUUGUAUUGUUUUGCCCGGCAAAACGUGUCACAUUUGCGUUCCCCUUGCCAAGAUGUAUUACUUUGGUACCUAGACAAGUCAGAAAGAGAGUGUGCGGUCUCAUCCCUGGCAGGGUUGUCUGGUAUUGAUACUUCCUUACCCAGUCUCCCCAAAUACUUUGAGAUUAAACCAGCCAGUCAUGGAGGAGCAAUAGUAAAAGUGAGAGAAAAGUACAGUGCCGAUGAUGAUGAUGCUCUUUAUGAGAAAGUGUCUUGGGAGCAGUGGAGAACAGAGUGUCUGGUGGAACUGCUAUCUCUCAGUCCCAGCAGAGGUUUGGCUGCUGAUUUCUUUCUACUAUGCCUUAAGAAUUUGAUCCCCCUCAGUGUGGGAACAGACCAAGAAGAGCCUGCUUCCUGCCAUGGUAUUAAUCUUCUGGAUCUGGAGAGGAGGCUUGCCAUGUCUCAUGAGUCACAGGAAAAGCAGCUGCAGUUACUGCAAGUUCUGUCUGUGUUGUGUGAGAAGAUAUCAGACUCCAUUUUCACUGAUGUUCAACAGGUUGUAGAAUUUGUGUAUGUGACAUUGGAGCGUUCCUGUGCCAGUUUAGCAUUUUCUGAAGGUGGUACUGUAGCUUCUCAGACAUUAAGCAUGGCAAUGGGACUGGUGGCUGCUAUGCUAGGUGGAGCAGUUAUGCUAACAUCCAGUGAUUUUGGGCACUUAAAGAAGUUACUGCCGGUACUGGAAAGAGUGUCCCUCUCACACUUAGAUCCGGUUAUACAGGAGCUGGCCAAAGACCUGCGGGUCAGUAUAGCAACACAUUGUGCCGUCCAGCUUCCCAACAGGACAUGUCAGGAUAAAGCCAAGGCACAUGACAUAGAUAACAAGCAAUCAAAGCAUGACACGAAAACAAACAAUCCAGUUGCUGAUCAGCAGAACUUCAAGGUGAUGCUUAACUCUGCUCGUGAUACUGACAUACCAACAAGGGCAGCUGCCCUGCGUACAUUAACGCAUCUUCUGGAGCAGAAAAACCCAAUGGCCCUGGAGCACAAGGAGCAGCUAUUGCAGCUCUUUCUGGAAAACCUAGAUCAAGAAGAUUCCUUUGUGUACCUAUCAGCAAUUCAAGGUGUUGCUGUUCUGUCUGGAGAGAUUCCUGAAUGUGUGCUGCCUGUUCUGGUUGCACAGUAUGGGAACACUGCACCUACUGAACACACAGGUCAUUCACCUGAGACCAAGAUAAAAGUGGGGGAAGCACUCAUGAGAUGCACAAGAGUAUUAGGUAAUCUGGUGUUGCAGUACAAAGACCUUCUCAUCCAUGCCUUUCUGAGAGGCUCCAAGGAUCAGGACAGCUCUCUGAGGGCUAGCAGCCUUUCCAACCUUGGGGAACUUUGCCAGCAUUUGCAAUUCUCUCUUGGCACAGUUGUCCAUGAGAUUAGCUCCUGCUUAUGUGCUGUGGUGCGCACUGACCCAGAAGCACAGGUGAGAAGAGCUGCCAUUCACGUUGUGGUGUUGCUUUUAAGAGGACUGAGUGAGAAGGCUACAGAGGUGUUACGUGAUGUACUUCUGGACUUGUACCGUUUGCUGAAGUUUGUGGUUCAGUGUGAGACGGACUCAGUAUCAGUGCUUCAUGCUCAGCUGGGCCUGGAAGAGCUGGACAGCAUUAUGCGAGCUGUUCUGUUCCCACAACAGAAGCUAGAGAAGAAGAUUGUAGUUCUCCCAUAAUGUAUAAAGAUAUACAGUCACACAUGGUACCCAUGCUUCUGAAAUCUAGUACUCAUGAGUUAUUACCUGGACUCCAGAUUGAUCUACAUGUAUUUAUCCAAAUGCAUAGUUACACACAGUUAUCCAACAGGAAGUAAAUACCAUGCCAUAUCUAUGUACCACAAAAGAUCCCAUUAAUGACUUUUGUCAAUGUACAUUCUAAAAACAAUGUGGAAGUAGGCUUCAAUUUGUAUUUUUAAGCACUAUAAGUAAGUAUGAAAAUUCUAAAAGUCAGCAUCCUGAGAAAAUGUGUUGUAAAUGACUGCUUGUAUGUGGUUAAAUGACAAUAAAACAUUUUGUUUAGAGGGCCUGUAGUUAAUCUGGCCUUAUCUUCUAGUAACAGGAGAGUACAACUUGGAACACUAAGACAAAUGAUCACAUUUUAAGCAAUUUUCUUUAGUGUGUAAUCAGAAUAAAUAACACACUACUAGAAACUAAUAGUAAGAAACUAAUUUUGUCCAGACGCAGUACCCCCAUGGCAACCAAUCAGCAGGCAGCAAUUUACUGGUCACCUGUUUAAAAGCAAACAUCCUAUGGGUUGCUGCCUCUUUUUUUUAAGUAGCUUUAAUUACUUAUGGGGGUAAGUUUUUUUAGUGCCAAAGCAAUAAUGCCAUAAAAUGUAUUUUAAUCCCCCAUUUGGCUAAAAUGUACAAACCAGCAAAGUAAGAUGUCUAUGGCCUUGGCCAUGCCAUUGUAGCAUCAUGCCUAAAUUAAGUAAUGUAUGUUUUUCUAUAAAAUCCACAAGUGUGGAAGUUGACUAUUUUGUAUUUAAACAUGACAAUACAGAGAAAAUAGAAAACAUUUUAUUGACACAUUUUAAA